AUGGAGACUCCAAAGACUAUAACAGACAUUACUCACUACGAUCUGUUUCGCAUUCUCGACAUUAUAAAGGCAGACUGCGAAAUGCAAAACGCCAAUGAAUCUAUGUACGCCAUCAAGUAUGCUGAUAUCUUUAAUCUGGCGGUCACCUGCAAGAUAUUGCGACGAGUCGUUUGGGACUGGUCGAGAGAAAUGUACGACCGCUUGGAAAUCGAUCUGCUGCAUGUGAUGCCCCUCAAAAAGUGGACUGUCCAGUUUAUUGAGAUUCACGAAAAUCAUCAAAUAAGCGGUCUCGGACAAUUUCGAAAUAUUUCCAAACUGAGCAUAACAGCUUCUUUUGAGGUGAUCGACUUAGUGGAAUUCUGCUGUAAUAAUCCCUCACUGGUUUCCUUGGAAGUGAAUGUAAAUCGGUUCAGCGACCAAGGAAAGCUCACUCAAAUCGUUCGUCAUUGUCCCAACUUAAAGCAAUUGAAAUUUCAGCUAAAUGAUAAUGUAUGGGAUAAUGGCUACGUUGGGCUAGCACUUUUGCAAAAGCUACAGCAUUUGGAAAUCGAAAAGCCGCCAGUUCCAGAGGAAUUUCAUUUUCUGUUGCCCGAUGAGGAGGAAAUGGAAAUAGAUGAGGAGUUAACAUCGAAACGUUCGCACAAGCCGCAGCAAAUGGAUGCGGAAGCGGAUUUCACAUCGAAACGUUCCAGAAUGGAUCCCGAAUACGAGUCUCUAAUCGAAGGAGUCUCAAAUUUGGAACAAUCCAUUCCCGUCCUUCAGCUUCUCAGAGCUUUCAGCGAAAAGAAAAAAUCGAAAUUAAUCCGACUAUGCCUAAAGUUCGAUAUUGAUGACGAAAUGGCUGAGGUCAUUGGGAAAAUCAAAGGUCUGAGAAUGUUGGAGUGCGGUUUUUGCGAUCCCAAAAGCAUUAGGCACUUUGUAAGGCACCCGACACUCAACCGAUUGAGCAUACUGAAUAGGGGUCACCUAGUUACGGACGAUAUUGCUGAAAUACUAAGCAAACAAGUCACCAUCUCAAGUUUCGAUGCAAAAAUGUUUCUAUCAGUCAGGGGACACCUAGGUAUUUGGACAAGGGAUGCGGAAAUAUAUCGGUAUGUUAAUUUUGAACCUUUCGUAAAACUGGAAAACCUUAAGACCAUUGGACUGUCUAACGAAAUGCUCGUGUCAAUGGAAUCGCAAUUGUUGCGAUUUUUGGAGCUCGGUAUGCUGAUCAAGGCUUCCGAUUGUGAAAUUUCCCUGCAACCUCAAACAAGGGAACUUAAAAUGUUUUACAGCAGGGACUAUGUACAUGAAGAGUUUCCACUUCCAUGGGUAAAAAAUGUGCGCUCCUUUAAAGUUCUGCUUGCAAAUAUGCCAACCCCUCAUCUUUUCCUCAACUUAUCUACAAUUAACCUAAAAACCAUGCAAGAGAUAUAUAUAGGUGCACCAUACUCAAUAUUUGCUAUGCCCAAAGACGGUUCCCUUAAUAAGUCCGGGGUUGAGGCUUUGGCCACCCUAAGAUGUUUGAGGAAAAUUACAUGUGGGCUUCAAAAAUUUAUUUACAUCCUGCCCCUCGCUGAGCUGAAAGAUCUGGAAGAUUUGGUAAUUUUAUCGGAGCACCAUCCCAAGGAUGUAUACUUUCCGAAGUGCCUGGAACCGCUUCUCAAGAACUGUCGCAAGCUAAACUCUUUUCAAAUAAAAGUUCCCGUCAACGGAAUAACAAAAAAGUUUUUUGCAAGCCUUCAGAAUGCAGUGGUGAAAUACAGGCAGGAAGAAAUAGAUAUUAUCAUAUGCUUAAAAUGCCAGCCUUAUAAAACACUGAACGAGACAGAGGGCGAGCAUAUCUGCAAAGUAGUUGAGUGCCAUGCAAAUAGCCAAUCCAGACACAACUUGGCCAAUCGCAACGGCUCGAAAGCCAAUCCUAGUGCGGACCUCAGCCCAGGUUAA